UUUUUCAUAUUUCUAGAAGUUCAGAAAGCCAAUAACAUGAAAGAGACAAGUCAAGAAAAUAAAGGCAAAUAUUUGAGGCAGGCUUUAUUCAUCAACAACAAAAUACUGACUAAGGAGAGACGUAAAACCUUAAGGGAAGCACUUAGUAUGGCCACAAACACAGUGCCCUCAAGAAAAAUAUCCCAUAAAUGUGACUCAUUUGGAACAAGCUUGAAAAGUGUUUCAGAACUCAUUAUUAAUAAUAUAAACUAUGUAAGAAAAAAGUCAGUUGAUUUUAGUAGGUGUGACUUCCUUGAUAUUAAGUAUAAUAAAACUCAUUCAGAGAAUAAACCCUGUGAAAAUGAUCGAAAGAAGAAAUCCUACAGUCAUAAUGAGAAUUUUGUUCAACAUCAAAAGGAUUCAUCUUUGGAGCAACUUCUUGAAUAUAAUCAUUGUGGGAAAGCCUUUCACAGAAAGACAGCCUUUGUUACACAUAAGAGAGCUCACACAGUAGAGAAACCUUCAGAAAGAAAUGAAUAUGGACAAGUCUUUAUCCCAAAGUUAAAGCUCAAUUCUUGUCCAAGAACCCUUAGGGAAAGAAAGCCACAUGAGCCCUAUAAAAAUGGGAAAUCUUCAUGCAUGAAGUCCAAACAUGCACAUCAAGAAAUUCACACAGGGGAGAAACACUCUGAAUGUAAUAAAUUUGGAAAAUUUAGCAAGAAAUCAAACUUUACGCAACAUCAAAGAAUGUACACAGGAAAAAAACCUGUUGAGUGUAAUGAAAAUCAGAAAGCCUUGAAGAAGUUAGACCAUACUCAAAAUGAGAUGAUUCAUGCAGGAGAGAAAAUCUAUGAUUGUAAGAAAUGUGGGAAAUUCUUUCAUGAAAAAGCAUGCCUUACUCAACAUCAGAGAACCCACACAACAGGAAAACCCAGCAAGUGUACUGACAGUGAAAGAGUCUUAAAGAAGGAAUCUUGCCUCACACUCAAUCAGAGAAUUAAAACAAGAGAGAGAAACUGUAAAGAUAAUAAAUGUGAGAAACCUUUCUUGGAGAAGUUGAAACGCACUCAACAUCAGAGAAGGCACUCAGAGAAAAAAAUCAAUGGAUGUAAUGAAAGUAGGGGUGCCUCAGGUAGGAAGUCACAACUCACACAAAGCCAGAGAGCUAACAAAAAAGAGAGAACCUAUGACUGUAAUAAAUGUGGAGAAAGCUUCCAUAAGAAAACAGAUCUCACGCAGCAUCAGAGCACACACACAGGGAAAAAACCCUAUGAAUGUAAAGAAUGUGAAAAAUCCUUCUUUGUGAAGUCCAACUACAUUGAACAUCAGAGAACUCACACAGGAGAAAAACCAUAUCAAUGUAAUGAAUGUGGAAAGUCCUUUUGCCAGAAAUCAGCCCUCACAGUACAUCAGAGAACUCACACGGGAGAGAAACCAUAUAAAUGUAAUGAAUGUGGGAAAACCUUCUGUGUGAAAUCAAACCUUACUCAACAUCAAAGGACUCACACAGGUGAGAAACCCUAUAAAUGCAAUGAAUGCUGGAGAUCUUUCUGUGUGAAAUCCAACCUUGUUGUGCAUCAGAGAACUCAUACAGGAGAAAAACCCUACAGAUGUCCUGAGUGUGGGAAGACCUUCUAUGAAAAGUCAGCCCUCACGAAACAUGAGCGAAUUCACACAGGGGAAAAACCCUAUGAAUGUAAUGAAUGUAGAAAAAACUUCAGCCAGAGGUCAGCUCUCACCAAACAUCAAAGGAAAACACACAAGAAGAAAAUUCCCAUCAACACCCUCCAUGUGCAGAAACCUGCAUCUUCAAGCCAAAUUUGUUGAACAUCAGCAAAAUCAUAGGGCAGAAACCCUAAGGUGUUAACACAUGUAGGAAAUAUUUGUUCAUCGGUUAUAAUGAAUAGGAAUUAGAAAAUUAACAUAGGAGUGAAACCACAUGAAUGGUUUGAACAUGUAAAAGCUUUCAACAAGCAUUCAGAGCUGUUGAGGAAAAAUUAAUUUGAGAUACAUUAAUAAAAGAAGUUCUUGUGCAUAAAUUGUUUAAGUAGAAGUCAUAUUUCAUAUGUAAUAUCAGACUAAUUUUAAAAAGAACAGAAAAUGUCAUGUUCUUAAUAAAAUGUGAAACAUCCUUUUGUAAAACUAUGAAUUAUUUAAGUCAUUGACAAUAGUGUUAAAUAUGUGUGAAGAUUUCCUGAAGUAUAUUGGGCUAUACAUAUAGUUACAUAGGAUAUGAGUGUGCUGUAUAACAUAAAUUAUGUGUGUGUUGGAUUUGUACAUGGGAACCCAUCAUUGUCUCUGAAUCACAACAAUCCAAUAUAUUUUAUAAGUAAAAAUUGAACAGUCACAUAACCUGUGGCCCAACAAUUCUAAUUCUAGAUGCAUACUAUAAAACGGUAGUUCUCAACUGGGCUUCUUAAAGUGUGUUUGGAAAUAAGUUGUUUUGAUUGCCAACGUGACUGACAUGCUAUAGGCUCUUGGUAGCUGGGAGGCCAGAGGUGCCAGAUUCCCUACAAUGUGUCAGUGGAAGGACAGGAAAUAGUCUUAUCCAGAAUACCAGUAGCUUUACCACACACAAAAAAAUUGCUCUAGAAACUCUUGCACAUUGGCACCCACAAAUUUGUACAAGAUUAACUGCAACAUUGCAAUAGUUUUUGUUAAAAAAAAUGUUUAAAGAAAAUAUCCAAAUGUUGAUUAACAAUAAACUAAAUUAAUAAAUGUGGGAAUGAAUACAGUAGAAAUAAUAUACAUCAGUGAAAAUGAAUGAAACUCUAUCAAGUACAUUAACAUGGUUAUAUCUUAAAGUGAUGUUGAAUGAAAAAAGGCAAACUAUAGAUACUAUGUUAUUUCAUUUAUAUGAAGUUCAAAAACAAACCAAGAGUACAUUGUUCAGUAAUACGUAUAUAAUUAGCAAAAUUAGGAAAGCAAGCGGAUGAUUAACACAAAAUCUACAAUAUCAAUUACUUUGUGGAGGAAGAAUGUGGGUUUAUAUUUAGGGAGAGAAAAUAGAGGUUCAUGUUUCUUAAAUGGAUUAUGAAUACACAUAUUUCUUUUAUUUAUAUUAUGUAUAUGCGUACUUAUAUUUACAUGUAUAUCUGUUAAUAGAAUACCCUAUUUUCAAGAAAAGGCUUAAAAUAAUUGCAUUAGGACAUUAACAAAGGUGAUGUUCUAUAGUAAGAAUUAUAGUUAAGAUUUUUUUACAUUCAUCUAUUUUUCUGUAGUUCAAAUCUCUUUAAUGACUUUUUUCAAAUAUCCAUAUCACAAGUCAUUUAGGUCUACCCUUGAUUUUAUUGAUUGUCUUUUUCUGUUUGUUUCCUAGUAGAAUUUCUCCUAAAUUUUUUUAAAUGAUAAAGGGAACACUGACCAAGAUAGAAAAAGUAAGGAAAGUGGAAAAGAAAAUCAAAGUACAGUAAACUAUAAACAAGUAAAAAUGAAAACGAAUCAAUAAUAAAACCUAUCACAACUAAUAUGAACAAAUUGAAUUCCUACAUCAAAGACAGAGGUAGUUUAACCGUGACUUAGAAAACAAAAUCCAACUAUGUAUGGCUUGUAAAAAAAAAAAAAAAAAAAA